GGCGGGGCGGGGCGGGACCGCGGGCGCACCUGCCCCGAGCGGCGGGGCUCGCGGCGGCUGCGCGGCCAACGUCUCCCUCCCUCCCGUCCCGCCGUGUGUUUACGUGGAGACGAAGAUGGCGGCGGCGGUGACGACGCUACCCGUGCGGCCGAAGACGGUCAGCCAGUGAGCGCCGAGACUGGUUCCACUCGGGCGGGGGGGAGAGCGCCUGGCCCAGCCCUGCUCCCCGGGCCGCGGAGCUUGCGGUCGCACCCCCCGUGUGAACCGACCUUUCCUUUCUAUCCCGACCCCCUGCCUGUCUUCCCUCAGCCUUCCUCGCAGAAGCUAUGGAGGACGAAGAGAGACAGAAGAAGCUGGAGGCUGGCAAAGCCAAGCUUGCCCAGUUUCGACAAAGGAAAGCUCAGUCUGAUGGGCAGAAUCCUAAGAAGCAGAAAAAAAAGAGGAAAACUUCAAGUAGUAAACAUGACAUGUCAGCAUACCAUGCUGUGAAUAUUGAGCAAUCACAGACUGAUGAGAUGUGCACAAAUAGUUCUCAGAGAUUAGGAUCAGCUGUGACUCCUGAAUCCACAAUAAUGAGAACUCUACACAGUGGAGAAAUAGUUAAACAUGACCAGGUCUUCUCUGUUGAACCGGAAAGUGAAAUUUCAACCACGGCAGAUGAUUAUAGUUCAGAGGUAAAUGGUUGCAGUUUUGUGGCGAGAACAGGAAAGCCUACAAAUUUAUUAAGGGAAGAAGAAUUUGGUGUUGAUGAUUCUUAUUUUGAACAUGGAGCACAGUACAAUCAGACCCACUUAGAGAUGAUGGAAAAUGAAUUGGCUGGGAAACAACAUGAGAUUGAAGAGCUAAACAGAGAACUAGAAGAAAUGAGGGCCACCUGUGGGACUGAAGGACUGAAGCAGUUGCAGGAAUUUGAAGCUGCCAUUAAACAGAGGGAUGGCAUCAUAACCCAACUCACUGCUAAUUUACAACAAGCAAGAAGAGAAAAGGAUGAGACAAUGAGAGAAUUUUUAGAGUUGACAGAACAGAGUCAAAAAUUACAGAUUCAAUUUCAGCAUUUACAGGCUAGUGAAACUCUGAGAAACAGCACUCAUAGUAGCACAGCUGCAGAUUUACUACAAGCCAAACAACAGAUCCUCACUCAUCAGCAACAGCUGGAAGAACAAGACCAUCUGUUAGAAGAUUAUCACAAAAAGAAAGAAGACUUCAAAAUGCAAAUUAGUUUCUUGCAAGAGAAAAUUAGAGCAUAUGAAAUGGAACAGGAUAAAAAAGUAGAAAGCUCAAAUAAAGAAAUACAGGAAAAGGAAGCAGUCAUUGAAGAACUAAAUACAAAAAUAAUAGAAGAAGAAAAAAAAACUCUUGAGCUAAAGGAUAAAGUCACAACUGCUGAUAAAUUACUGGAAGAAUUACAAGAACAGGUUGUACAAAAGAACCAAGAGAUCAAAAAUAUGAAAUUAGAGCUGACUAAUUCCAAGCAAAAGGAAAGACAGUGUUCUGAGGAAAUAAAACAAUUAAUGGGGACAGUUGAAGAACUUCAGAAGAAAAAUCAUAAAGACAGUCAAUUUGAAAGUGAUAUUCUACAAAGAAUGGAACAAGAAACACAAAGAAAGUUAGAACAACUCCGGGCAGAGCUAGAUGAGAUGUAUGGGCAGCAGAUAGUACAGAUGAAACAAGAAUUAAUAAAACAACACAUGUCACAGAUAGAUGAACUUAAAACACGACAUAAGGGAGAAAUGGAGAAUGCUUUAAGAUCAUGUCCAAAUAUUACAGUUAAUGAAGAUCAAAUAAAGUUGAUGAAUAUGGCAAUAAAUGAACUGAAUAUAAAAUUGCAAGAUACUAACUCUCAAAAGGAAGAACUCAAGGAAGAACUAGGAGUAAUUUCAGGAGAAAAGUCUGUUCUACAGAGACAGCUUGAAGACCUUUUUGAAGAAUUGAGCUUUUCAAGGGACCAAAUUCAGAGGGCUAGACAGACUAUAGCUGAACAAGAAAGUAAACUCAAUGAAGCACACAAGUCCCUUAGUACAGUGAAAGAUUUGAAAGCAGAGAUUACCUCUGCAUCUGAAUCCAGGAAGGAACUAGAAUUAAAACAUGAAGCAGAAGUUACACAUUAUAAGAUAAAGCUUGAAAUGUUAGAAAGAGAAAAAAAUGCUGUAUUAGACAGAAUGGCUGAAUCACAAGAAGCUGAGCUAGAGAGGCUGAGGACACAGCUCCUGUUUAGUCAUGAAGAAGAACUUUCCAAACUGAAGGAAGAUUUGGAAAUUGAACAUCGAAUAAAUAUUGAAAAGCUUAAAGAUAACUUAGGCAUUCACUAUAAACAGCAGAUAGAUGGCUUACAGAAUGAAAUGAGUCAAAAGAUAGAAACCAUGCAGUUUGAAAAAGACAAUUUGAUAACUAAGCAGAACCAGUUAAUUUUGGAAAUUUCAAAGCUGAAAGAUUUACAGCAGUCCCUUGUGAAUUCAAAAUCAGAAGAAAUGACCCUUCAAAUCAAUGAACUUCAAAAAGAAAUUGAAAUACUCAGACAAGAAGAAAAGGAAAAGGGUACACUUGAACAAGAAGUUCAAGAAUUACAACUUAAAACUGAAUUAUUGGAGAAACAAAUGAAGGAAAAAGAGGAUAACCUUCAAGAAAAAUUUGCACAACUUGAAGCAGAGAAUAGCUUUCUUAAAGAUGAAAAGAAGGCCCUUGAAGACAUGUUGAAAAUAUAUACUCCUGUUAACCAAGAAGAAAGAUUAAUUUUCAUAGACUCCAUUAAGUCCAGAUCCAAAGACUGUAGCUGGCCAAAAGAAAUAGAAAUACUUACAGAGGAAAAUGAGAACCUCAAAAAACAAUGUAUUCAGCUAACUGAAGAGAUUGAAAAGCAAAGGAACACUUUCUCAUUUGCUGAAAAAAAUUUUGAAGUUAAUUAUCAAGAGUUACAGGAGGAUUAUGCUUGCCUUCUCAAGGUAAAAACCGAUUUAGAAGACAGUAAAAAUAAACAAGAAGUUGAAUAUAAAAGUAAGCUUAAAGCACUUAGUGAAGAGCUUCAUCAUUUGCAAAGAAUAAACCCAACUAUAGUGAAAAUAAAAAGUUCAGUCUUUGAUGAUGACAGAACUUUUACAGCAGAACCGUUGGAAAUUGGUGAGGUUGUUGAGAAAGAUACAACAGAACUUAUGGAAAAGCUUGAGGUAACCAAGCGAGAAAAAUUAGAACUGUCAGAGAGACUGUCUGAUCUUUCUGAACAAUUAAAACAGAAACAUAGCGAGAUUAGUUUUCUAAGGGAAGAAGUUAAAUCUUUAAAACAAGAAAAAGAGCAAGUUUUAUUGAGAUGUAGAGAGCUAGAAAUCAUAAUUAACCAUAAUAGGACAGAAGAUGUAAAUGUAUGUGCUGUCCAUUUAAGCUCUUUAAAAGAUGGAGUUUUGACAAGCAGGGAUUCUGGAGGGUCUGUUCCUAAAAUAAGUAAAGAUUUUGGUGAAGAAUCAAAAAUAAUGGAGUUAAAUAAAAUUCCUUUUGAAAAUAUGACUCUUGGAAAAGAAAACAAGCAAGAAUGGUUUUUUGAUCACUUGCCAUCAGUGACAAAUGAAUCAUCACUUGGGACAACUGAGCCAGGUGAAAAUGAUAAACUUCAGCAGGAGCUCAGUGUACUUAAAUCAGAACAGAAUGAUUUAAGGCUACAGAUGGAAGCUCAACGUAUUUGCCUCUCUCUGGUUUAUUCAACUCAUGUGGAUCAGGUUCGUGAAUAUAUGAAAAAGGAAAAAGAUAAAGCUCUUUGCAGUCUUAAGCAGGAGCUUAUUUCUGCUCAAGAGGAUAAGAUCAAGGAACUUCAGAAAAUACACCAGCUAGAGCUACAGAAUAUAAAAACACAAGAAACAGGUGAUGAAGUGAAGCCUUUACAAAUGCUCAUUGGAAAACUUCACAGGGCAUUGUCUGAAGAAUGUUCUCAUUUUACACAGACUUUUUGCAGUGUCCUUGGUGAACAUUAUACUUCUGCUUUAAAAUGUGAAGUAAAUGUAGAAGAAAAAGAGAAAGAGACUUCCAGUGUUCACACUUCUGAAAAUCAAGGACUAGAAUUGCAAGAUUAUAAAUACGAAGUUCAAGAUUUUCAAGAAAAUGUGCAAACUCUUCUCAACAAAGUAACAGAAGAAUACAGCAAACUCUUGGUACUUCAGUCACGAUUAAGUAAGAUUCAAGGACAGCAGACAGGUGAUGUGAAACUUGAAUUUGCAGAAGAAAACCUACCAAAAGAGGAAACAGACUUUUUAUCAACCCAUCCUCAGAUGACAAAUUUUCAAGACACUGAUGUUUGUCAUAAAAGAAAGUUAUCUGCUCUGCAAGAUACCGAAAAAAUUAAACAACUUGAAGGACAAGUUCAAGAAUUAGAAAAACUCGUAUCCUCUUUGCAGCAGCAACUGAAAGAAACGGAAGAAAACUAUGGGGCAGAGAUUCAUUCUUUGCAGGAAAGGCUACGAGCUGUUAAUGAGUUCACAGUUCAGCCAAGCUUUUCCAUUGAUUCAGUGGUAAUUACUGAAUCUGAUGUACAGAAAACAGUAUACCCUGGAAGUUGUCUAAAACAGAACAUCGAUGGUGCAACAGAGUUUUCUGGUGAAUUUGGAGUGAAACAGGAAACAAAUGUGGUUAAGUUGCUGGAAAAACAGUACCAAGAACGAUUAGAAGAAGAAGUAGCUAAGGUCAUUGUGUCAAUGAGUAUAGCAUUUGCUCAGCAAACUGAACUAUCUAGAAUAUCUGGGGAAAAAGAAGAUUCUCCAUCUUCAAAACAAGCAUCUGCUCUCUGUCAGGAAGAACAUUAUUUAAAUGAAAUGAAAUUAUCACAAGGUCACUUAGGUUUUCAGACUUUCGAAGCAACAGACAAGAAAUUUAAAGAAGAAUUUAAACCACUUAGUAAAGAGUUAGGAGAAGAUGGAAAGGAAGUUCUGUUAUCAAACAAGGGUAAUCUUGAUGAUAUACUAGAAUCAAAGGACCGUGAACUGACUAUUUCAGAAGAAAUGUUCUCCAAAGAUAAAACAUUUAUGGUCAGAGAAUCUCUCCAUGAUGAGAUUUUGGUAUCAAGUAUGGAUGCUUCUAGACAACUAAUGUUAAAUGAAGAACAGUUAGAAGAUAUGAGGCAGGAACUUGUACGACAAUACCAGGAACAUCAACAGGCAACGGAACUUUUAAGGCAGGCACACAUGCAGCAGAUGGAGAGACAGCGGGAAGACCAGGAACAGCUGCAAGAAGAGAUCAAGAGGCUGAAUAAACAAUUAGCCCAGAGAUCCUCAAUAGAUAAUGAAAACCUGGUUUCAGAGAGAGAGAGGGUGCUUUUAGAGGAGCUGGAAGCACUAAAGCAGCUGUCUCUAGCUGGAAGAGAGAAGCUGUGUUGUGAGCUGCGCAACAGCAGUACGCAAACACAGAAUGCAAAUGAAAACCAAGGAGAAGUUGAGGAGCAGACCUUUAAAGAAAGGGAAUUGGACAGAAAACCUGAAGAGGUGCCUCCUGAAAUUCUGUCCAAUGAAAGGUAUAUACUCCAGAAGGCUAAUAGCAGACUUCUGAAGAUCCUCUUAGAAGUUGUAAAGACAACAGCAGCUGUUGAAGAAACAAUUGGUCGCCAUGUCCUUGGUAUUCUAGAUAGAUCUAGUAAAGGCCAGUCAUUGACCAGCCUGAUUUGGAGGUCAGAAGCAGAGACACCAAUAAAGUCGUGUGUCCAUGAGGAACACACAGGAGAUGAAUCUAAACCCUCUUAUGCUGGAAGUGAUAUACCAAGAAGUGACAGUAGCAUGUGGUCCAAAGUACCUGAGGAAGGAACGGAGCUGUCACAGCAGCUCAUGAGGAGUGGCUUUACUGGAAAUGAAAUAGACCCUGAAAAUGAAGAACUUUUGCUGAACAUUAGCUCUCGACUACAAGCGGCAGUUGAAAAACUCCUAGAAGCCAUAAGUGAAACUAGUAGUCAGCUGGAACAUGCGAAAGUUACACAGACAGAAUUGAUGCGUGAGUCAUUUAGACAGAAACAAGAAGUGACAGAGUCCCUUAAGUGCCAAGAAGAACUGCGAGAGCGCCUUCAUGAGGAGUGCAGGGCCAGAGAACAGCUGGCUGUGGAGCUCAGUAAGGCUGAGGGUGUCAUUGAUGGCUAUGCAGAUGAAAAAACGCUUUUUGAAAGGCAAAUUCAGGAAAAAACUGAUAUAAUAGAUCGCCUUGAGCAAGAGUUGUUAUGUGCAGGUAAUAGAUUACAAGAAUUAGAAGCAGAGCAACAGCAGAUCCAAGAAGAAAGAGAAUUACUGUCGAGGCAGAAGGAAGCUAUGAAAGCUGAGGCAGGCCCAGUUGAACAGCGACUAGUAGAUGCUGCAGUCGAUGCAGCACCUGGAGCAGAAUUACUACAGGAGACAGAAAAACUGAUGAAGGAAAAACUAGAGGUACAGUGUCAAGCUGAAAAAGUACGCGAUGACCUUCAAAAACAAGUGAAAGCUCUAGAAAUAGAUGUCGAGGAACAAGUCAGUAGAUUUAUAGAGCUGGAACAGGAAAAAAAUGCUGAAGUAAUGGAUUUAAGACAGCAAAACCAAGCACUGGAAAAGCAGUUAGAAAAAAUGAGAAAAUUUUUAGAUGAGCAAGCCAUUGAUAGAGAACACGAAAGAGAUGUAUUCCAACAGGAAAUACAGAAACUAGAACAGCAACUUAAGGUCAUACCUCGAUUCCAGCCUAUCAGUGAACAUCAAACUAGAGAGGUUGAACAGUUAACAAAUCAUCUGAAAGAAAAAACAGACAAGUGCAGUGAGCUUUUGCUCUCUAAAGAGCAGCUUCAGAGGGAUAUACAGGAGCGUAAUGAAGAAAUUGAGAAACUGGAGUUCAGAGUAAGGGAAUUGGAGCAAGCCUUACUCAUGAGUACGGACAGUUUUCAAAAGGUAGAGGACCGAAAACAGUUUGGAUCUGUAGAAGCUAAAGCGGAAUUGUCUCUAGAAAUACAAUUGCAGGCUGAGCGAGACGCCAUAGACAGAAAGGAAAAAGAGAUCACAAACUUAGAAGAACAGUUAGAACAGUUCAGAGAAGAACUGGAAAAUAAGAAUGAAGAAGUCCAGCAACUACAUAUGCAAUUAGAAAUACAGAAAAAGGAAUCUACUACCCGCCUACAAGAACUUGAACAAGAAAACAAAUUAUUUAAGGAUGAAAUGGAGAAACUGGGAUUUGCCAUAAAGCAAGCUGAUCCUAUCUCUACCCAGGACCAACAUGUACUAUUUGGGAAAUUUGCUCAAAUAAUGCAGGAAAAAGAGGUAGAAAUUGACCAAUUGAAUGAGCAAAUUACAAAACUUCAGCAUCAACUUAAAAUUACAACAGAUAACAAGGUUAUUGAAGAAAAAAAUGAACUAAUAAGGGAUCUUGAAACCCAGAUAGAAUGUUUGAUGAGUGAUCAAGAACGUGUGAAGAAAAAUAGAGAAGAAGAAAUUGAGCAGCUCAAUGAAGUGAUUGAGAAGCUUCAACAGGAAUUGGCAAAUAUUGAACAGAAGACAUCGGUGGUUACUAAUUCUCUCCCAGAAGAAGCAGAUAGUUUAAAACAUCAGUUGGAUAUAGUAAUAGCUGAAAAACUGGCUUUGGAACAGCAAGUAGAAACCACUAAUGAAGAAAUGGCCUUGACAAAAAGUGUACUUAAAGAAACCAAUUUAAAAAUGAACCAGCUAACACAAGAAUUAUGUAGCUUAAAGAGAGAAUGUGAAAAUAUGGAAGAAAUUCAUAGUAUACCAGAGAAAAGUGUUAACAUGGCUGUAGAUGAUCUGAGCAGAAACAAACCUGGACUAGAAGUAGUCCUAACUGAGGGUGCUCGUAAACCCCUAGAAAAUCCGACUUACCUCAAAUCUUUUGAAGAAAACAGCAAAGUUUCCGUAAGCAGUUUGCAAACACAGGUGCUACAACUUGAGAGCACUGUGAGUGCAAAGGACUUAGAACUUACCCAAUGUCAUAAACAAAUAAAGGACCUGCAGGAGCAAGGCCAGUCUGAAAAAGCAGCACUGAUAAAGAAGAUGGCAAACCUGCAAAAUAUACUUGAGGAAAAGGUGGCUGCUGCUCUUGUGAGUCAGGUCCAACUCGAAGCAGUUAAAGAAUAUGCAAAAUUCUGUCAAAACAAACAAGCAGUUUCACCAGAACCUGGAGGAACAAAUAUACAGAAUUUAAACCAACUAACAGAAAAUGAGGUGGAGUCAAAUGUGUCAGCACUGACCUUGAGAAUAUCAGAAUUAGAAAGCCAGGUGGUUGAAAUGCAGGUAGAAACUGCAGAAAAAAAUGCUUUAGAAAAAGAAAAGAAGCUACUAGAACUACAGAAGCUAUUGGAGGAAAAUGAGAAAAAACAGGGAAGCAAAGAAAGGAAAAGAAGCCCUCUAGGAGAUUUUGAAGUUCUCAAGACAACUACUGAGCUGAUUUAUACCAGUGAAGAAAAUGAAUUUUUUGGUCGAUUUGAGACUCUUACAGCUGAGUCAGCAGCUACCAAAGAAGAAUUUGCCAGUUAUAAAGAGAAGGCAGAAAAACUUCAAGAAGAGCUUUUGGUAAAAGAAACAAAUAUGGCAUUUCUCCAGAAAGAUUUAAGCCAAGUUAGGGAUCAACUCAAAAAGGCAGAAGAGAGAUUAUCCUACUUCUUAGAAAAAGAAGAUAAUACCGAGGUACAAGAAAACAGAAAGUUCUGCACGUUAGAGCCACUUCCUGUAGAAGUGGGUAAAAGCUCUGCAUCACAGACAGAUGGGACUCUCAAGGUCAACAGCAGCAAUCAGACUCCACAAAUUCUUGUUAGAAAUGCAGGAAUCCAAAUUGAUUUACGGAGUGAAUGUUCAUCAGAGGAAGUCACUGAAGUAAUUAAUCAGUUUACUGAAAAAAUUGAGCAGAUGCAAGAACUACAUGCUGCUGAGAUUCUGGAUAUGGAAUCCAGACAUAUUUCAGAAACUGAAACCUUAAAGAGAGAUCACUAUGUUGCUGUUCAGUUACUGACAGAGGAAUGUGGUACCCUGAAGUCAGUGAUACAGUGUCUGAGAUCUAAAGAGGGCUCCUCAGUUCCUGAAUUAACACAUUCCGAUGCUUACCAAACUAGAGAAAUAUGUUCCAGUGAUUCUGGAUCAGACUGGGGUCAGGGAAUUUAUCUUACACAAAGUCAGGGAUUUGACAUAGCAUCAGAAGGCCGAGGCGAAGAAGGUGAAAGUUCAACAGAUUCAUUUCCAAAGAAAAUAAAGGGAUUACUGAGAGCUGUCCAUAAUGAAGGCAUGCAGGUGCUCUCUCUUACUGAGUCUCCCUGUAGUGACGGAGAAGACCAUUCUGUUCAGCAAGCUUCAGAAUCUUGGCUAGAAGAGAGAAGAGCUUACCUCAGUACAAUCUCAUCUCUUAAGGAUUUGAUUACCAAAAUGCAAAUGCAAAGGGAAGCCAAGGUUUAUGAUAGUUCUCAAUCUCAUGAGAGCUCCUCUGACUGGCGAGGUGAACUUCUGCUUGCUCUUCAGCAGGUUUUCUUAAAGGAGCGCGGUGUUUUACUAGCUGCAUUUCAGACCGAGCUGACAGCUCUAGGUACUAGAGAUGCAGUUGAAUUAUUAAACUGUUUGGAACAAAGAAUACAAGAACAGGGUAUUGAAUAUCAAGCAGCCAUGGAAUGCCUCCAGAAAGCAGAUAGAAGGAGUUUGUUAGCUGAAAUUCAAGCACUGCAUGCUCAGAUGAAUGGUAAGAAAAUGACUCUGAAAAGAGAACAAGAGAAUGAUCAACCAAGCCAAGAACUCUUGGAAUAUAAUAUGCAGCAGAAGCAGGCUCAAAUGCUGGAGAUGCAAGUGGAGCUCAGCAGUGUGAAAGACAGAGCAACAGAACUGCAGGAACAACUGAGUUCUGAGAAAAUGGUGGUUGCUGAACUGAAAAGUGAACUUGCACAAGCUAAACUGGAACUAGAAACAACACUCAAGGCACAGCAUAAGCACCUAAAGGAAUUAGAGGCAUUCAGGUUGGAAGUUAAAGAUAAAACGGAUGAAGUACAUUUGCUUAAUGACACAUUAGCAAGUGAACAGAAAAAGUCCAGAGAGCUCCAGUGGGCUUUGGAGAAAGAGAAAGCCAAGCUGGGACGCAGUGAAGAGCGGGAUAAAGAAGAACUUGAGGAUCUGAAAUUUUCACUUGAGGGUCAGAAACAAAGGAAUAUUCAGCUAAAUCAACUUUUGGAACAACAGAAACAACAACUAAAUGAAUCACAGCAGAAAAUAGAAUCACAAAGAGUGCUACAUGAUGCCCAGUUAUCCGAGGAACGAGGUCGAAACUUGGAGCUUCAAGUACUUCUUGAAUCUGAGAAAGUUCGAAUUCGGGAAAUGAGUAGUACCCUGGAUAGGGAGCGGGAAUUACAUGCACAACUACAGAGCAGUGAUGAUAGUGGGCAGUCUCGGCCAUCCUUACCCUCUGAGGACCUCCUUAAAGAGCUUCAGAAACAGCUAGAGGAGAAACACAGUCGCAUAGUAGAAUUGUUAAAUGAGACUGAGAAAUAUAAACUGGAUUCUUUGCAAACAAGACAGCAAAUGGAAAAGGAUAGGCAGGUUCACAGGAAGACGUUGCAGACAGAACAAGAAGCCAACACUGAGGGACAGAAAAAAAUGCAUGAGCUUCAGUCCAAAGUGGAAGAUCUUCAGCGCCAACUGGAGGAGAAAAGGCAACAAGUUUAUAAGUUAGACCUUGAAGGAAAACGACUGCAAGGAAUUAUGCAGGAAUUCCAAAAGCAGGAACUAGAACGAGAAGAAAAACGAGAAAGUAGAAGAAUUCUGUACCAGAAUCUUAAUGAGCCAACCACUUGGAGUUUAACCAAUGAUAGAACCAGAAAUUGGGUUCUUCAGCAGAAAAUAGGAGAGACAAAGGAAUCAAGCUAUCCUAAAAUGAUUGAAAUGAAUGGAGGAGGAGCUGGCUAUAAUCAUGAAUUAGAAAUGAUCAGACAAAAACUUCAACGUGUGGCUUCAAAACUACAGCAUCUAGCCCAGAAAGCCUCUAAUAGACUACAGUUUGAAACAGCAGAUGAUGAAGAUUUUGUUUGGGUUCAGGAAAAUAUUGAUGGAAUUGUUUUACGACUACAAAAAUUAACUGGCCAGCCAGGUGAAGAGCCUACCUUAAGGUCCCCAAGUACUUCUUGUGGCUCAUUAACUGAAAGACUAAUAAGACAAAAUACUGAGCUGACAGGACAUAUCAGCCAACUGACUGAAGAAAAGAAUGAUUUAAGAAACAUGGUUAUGAAGCUGGAGGAGCAGAUCAGGUGUUAUCGACAGACAGGAGCUGGCAGAGAUUAUUCUUCUAGGUUUUCAUUCAGUGGUGGCCCCAACAUUGAAGCCAUCAUUGCUUCAGAAAAAGAAGUCUGGAACAGAGAAAAGUUGACUCUCCAAAAAUCCUUGAAACGGGCAGAAGCUGAAGUAUACAAACUAAAAGCUGAACUAAGAAAUGAAGCUUUACUUCAAAAUCUGAGCCCUGAUUCUGAGCACGCCACUGUAAAGAGAAUUUAUGGCAAAUACCUGAGGGCAGAAAGUUUUCGGAAAGCUCUCAUUUAUCAAAAGAAAUACCUGCUUCUGUUACUGGGUGGGUUCCAGGAAUGUGAGGAUGCCACCCUGGCUCUGCUUGCCCGGAUGGGGGGACAUCCGGCCUUCACGGAUCUAGAGGUGAUCACCAACCGUCCAAAGGGCUUCACCAGGUUUCGGUCAGCUGUCAGAGUGUCCAUGGCAAUUUCGAGAAUGAAAUUUUUGGUUCGACGGUGGCAUCGAGUCACAAGUUCUGGUUCCAUCAAUAUUAACAGGGAUGGCUUUGGAUUGAAUCCAGGUACAUUUUGGAUUACUUCAGGUGCCGAAAAGACUGACCCAUUUUAUCAUUCUUCUGGUGGGCUGGAGCUAUAUGGAGAACCAAGACAUAGUACGUAUCGCUCAAGAUCAGAUCUGGACUAUCCAAGGUCUCCUUUACCAUUUCAAAAUAGGUACCCAGGUCCUCCAGCUGAUUUAAAUCCUGGUUCCUUAGCAUGUUCUCAGCUUCAGAAUUAUGAUCCUGACAGAGCCCUGACAGAUUAUAUCACUCGGCUAGAGGCACUGCAGAGACGACUUGGAACUGUACAGUCAGUUCUGGAGGCUAGCAAGUCCAAGAUCGAAGCGCCAGCAAAUUUGAUGUCUGGUGAGAGCCCAUUUCCUGAUUCUGUAGACUGCCAUCUUCUCACUGUGUCCUCACGUGGCAGAGGGGCAAGGGGGCUCUCCAAGUUCUCUUUUAUAAGGGCACUAAUCCCAUUCGUGAGAGCUCCGCCACCAUGACCUAAUCACCUCCCAAAGGCCCCACUUACAAAUACCAACAGAUUGGGGAUUAGGUUUCAACAUACGAAUCUGGGGAGACACAGACAUUCAGCCUACGGUAGUAUGUAUCACCUUAUUAUAUAUCUCAAAUAUGUAGCAUUUAGAGAUUCAGAAAGUUAUCCUAAUUUUAGAAUUAGCUACUGUUGGGAUUUUUGUUUCCCUACACGGAGAAAGAGUUUUUCCAUGUGCCUUUUUUAUCAACUUUAAGUCUACAUAUAGUGUUUUUUUAGAAGCCAAAUGGGUAUUUUCAUGAUUAAUCCAUAUUUGUCCUAUUAUAUUUAAGGUUACUUGUAUCCAAAGGUGUGUCCUCACAAAGCCAUGCCCACUAAGAUAAUACAGAAUCUUAAAUUUUAUUAACCACAAUGCAGCAAAAUUAAGCAGUAUUCCUGCUGUCCAAUCCAAAUUGAGUGAGAUGCUUUCACAGAGAUAAUAUAGAUCUCAAUGUUAUUUCUUAACUAGAGUCCUUCUGAUAACAUGGCCAUCACUAAAAUAGCAAGAAGAAUAGUAUUUGAUACUUAUUUCCAGAGGAUUUUAUCUUACCAUUUGAUAUUCUAUGAUUUACACCAACACAAACAGGCAAUCUACACUCUUGGAAAUUUCAAAUUACCUAAAUUUUCCAUAUUAGCAGCUGGGUUCCAAUAAGGAGUUCUAGAAGUUACAAAUGUAUUCUAAAACAGUUGAAGAGGGGAGGUUGUGGGUGAAACCUUUUUUGGCUAAACAAAGCCUUCCAUUCAAGGCAAUUCUACUCUUAAGAGAGAAUGGAGAAAAGAGCAGAUAAACAAGUGCUCUGAUCAAUCUUAUUUCACUCCCAUCAUUUGACCAUCACCGUCCUUAUGACAUUAGGCCUCUGCAGUCAAACUUGUUAAUGCUUCUUAAUAAUUGGUCUAUGGUUAAAAACUAAAUCUUUUUAAGUAAGUAAGUAAGUAAGUCUUCUUAAAACUAUUCACUAAACAUGGACCAGCCCUAUCAGAGUUUUAACUUUGUGUGUGCCAUGAACCUCUCUAGCAAUCUUGUGAAACUAUUGUACCCUUCUCAGAAUAAUGCUUUUAAAGACAUAAAAUAUAUAGGAUUGCAGAGGAAACCAACUAUAUAGAAAUAGUCAAACUUUAAAAAAUUUUUGUGAUGAGUAAAGAAAUAAGAUCUAGCAGAUCUAAUAACUAACUAUAAUACCAUAAUGUCAAAGUAGUGAUGAAACUUAAAGAUAUUUCAAGAGAUCUGCAACAUCUCUAAUGGGAUAUGAAAAGUAUCUGUGAUUUUUGUUUGCAAAAUCAUGAGUACUGCUAAUACUAGUGUGGUUUGACUAAAUUCAUAAAUAAAAUAUUAAAUUACAGUUUGAAAUAAGUACAAAGAUGGAACUUUUUUCCCAAGUCUCUAGAUUCCUAAAUUCUACUCAUUGAACCACACACUUUACAAUUUGUAAAUGCAGACUAUACUCUCAAAGAUAAUUUUAAUGUGAAAAACUCAACAACACAGAUUUUAGCUUCACAAAUAAAUAGAGUUUAACAUGAGUCCUCCAGCCUUUUAAACAGAAUGUAAUAUACAUAAGGGAAAGUAUGUUUACCUCAUCUAGUAAUAACAAAGUACGUGGUCAAAUUACAGGUAUCAUAUAGUUACGUCUCCAGUUAUAAUUUGAGUUGAUUCUUGAACACAGGCUUCACCGUCUCCAGUUAUAAUUUGAGUUGAUUCUUGAACACAGGCUUCACAGAAAUUUGACCAGUGAUACACUCCCAAGACCCCUGCUUCGGAUUACCAUUAUCUUAAAGCCAGAUUCCCUGAUCUCAGAU